AUGACUCCAAAACCAGAAAGUUCAGACGAGCAUGAUUUGCAGGAUACAACUGUAGCAGCAGCAGCAGCGGAAACAGCAGCGUCCUCUUCAGGCAUCAAAAACUUUGGCAACGAAGACAUGUUCUCUCUCGAUGAAUGGGAGACUUCAGAUUUCAUAUCAGAGAACGACUUUGAUAUGAUUGAUAUGCUCUCAGCAGCUCUAGAUCAAGUAACAAAUCAAUUAGAAGACAAGCAACGCGAGUUUAUCACAAAGUCAUCAGAAUGGACCAACAAGACAAGAGACAGCAUCAAAACGCAAACAAAAAAACUAGAGGACCAGAGAUCCCGCAUCCAAGAACUGUUGAUGAGACAGUACCAUAAGAUCGAUAAACGUAUGAACCGCGAUGCCAAAACAGUGCAACUGAGGGAUAAGGUCUCCUUUGUGGUGGGCGUCGGCAACGCCUGUGUUGCACCCGCACUCGCCUUGCGAUACCCCAGUUUGAUACCGUCGUAUUACAGCUCUCAGCUCAUCGUCUUGCUAAUACUACGUUAUGUGAUUUAUCGAUCCAAGCGAUGGCACUACUUUAUCUUUGACAUUUGCUACUUUGUGAAUGCAAUGACCAUGCUGUUCCUGUGGGCCUAUCCAACUUCAAAGCUGUUAUUUGUGGCCUCUUUCUGUAUGACAAACGGGCCUGUGGCAUGGGCCAUCAUCACAUGGAGAAACUCGCUGGUAUUUCACUCGCUGGAUAAGGUCACAUCUGUGUUCAUUCACAUAUUCCCUCCUUUGGUCAUGUACUGCAUUCGAUGGAUGCCCGAGCUACAACGAGACAUUUACUGCGACAAUACACCCUUUGUCACAUCGUACCGCAAUCAACGGUUCCCUGCAUUGGACAACAUGGAACUACCCAGCUUCAAGGAUGUCAUGAUCUACUCUACGUUGGCGUACGGUAUUUGGCAAUCACUUUACUAUUUGUUCAUCAUGGUUGGAAGACGAGACAAGGUCGAAUCUGGAUUGAGAUUAACAUCGUAUUCGUGGCUAUUGGAUGAUACACAUGGCAAAAAGGGAUUCAUUCAAAAGAUGGCCUUCAUGUUUGGCCCCAAGUGGAAGUCAGAGAUGUUUAUGUUUUUGCAACUGGUGUACAACAUUGCAACAUCGAUUCCUACUUUCUUUCUGUUCAAGUAUUUUUGGCUGCACACAACAUUUCUGAUUGUCAUGUUUGCGGUGAGUGUAUGGAACGGUGCCAAUUACUACAUUGAAGUGUUCUCUAGAAGAUACAUUUCCGAGAUUGAAAGCAUCAAGGAAGAGGAUGAAAAGCUAAAGGCAAAAUAA